AUGGAUGAUGCAGCAGGAAAUAUUCUUGCAUCGCUUGGCCGCGUGCAUCUAGUUGAUCUCACGGCCUCUGAGGGCCUGCCUUAUGACAGCUAUAAGAUGUGCGUAUCGACUCUGAUGCAGUCGCUGGCUCAGUAUUCAGCAGCCAUCAUUCAGCUGUCACCAGCUGAUGGUGCCUUGUUGAGGUCAGGUUUGGACUCGGCUCGCUAUUUCUUCCACCAACGAGGGUAUAAUUCGAACGAGGCUGUCCACUCGGAUGAUUCCCGUGAAUGGUGUAAGACCUCUGGUUACUAUGUUGAUCCUCAGAUGUGUCUGGAAAUGUAUGAUUACAGGCCUGGUAUUACUGCAACAGAUCCCAGCAGUGAAAUGGAAUUGCCUCCGUCAGGUUUGCCUGACAUAUUUUCGGUGCUGGGUAAAGUUUCUCGAGAUAUCUUGGAUGCAAUCAGUUUCUCAUUGAAUUUGCGUAGCUGUGCAUUUACUGAGAUACUUGACAACAUACCCUUGAGAAGCCAGGAAGUAUCAUCUUCUGUUCUUUCAGCAUGUUGUCAUUCAAGGCCAUCAUUUGAAGGAGCACAUCAGCACAGCAUUGCUUCUCAAGAUAAUGGUCACUUGCUCAUGUUUUCUGAGCAGGAGCAACAGAUUGAUAAGACUUUGCUUACCCUAGUUAAGCCAGAUAGGUCAGGCCUAUAUGUUAAAGACUUACAUGGACGCUGGAUUCUUGUUGAUGGGGAUAUUGGUCCACACGAUGUUGUUGUCUAUCCUGGCCUUGCGCUUUAUCAGGAAACCGCUGGCUAUGUAAAUCCAGCUGUACAUAAAACAGAGGUUGACAACAUACAUGGAUGUAUGUUUGGGCGAUGUUCUUUGAUGUUCAAGCUCAUGCCUAGAUCAGUUGCAAGGCUGAGUGGUUCAGAGAUGAGAGCUGCUGGCCAUGGCGUUGAUGCUCAGUUUCAGGUCCCCAUACCAGUUAAUGAUUUCAUGCAGACAGAUCAUUUUGCUGAUCAACUGUUUCCUAAGACUGAACCAUCAUUACACACAGAACAAGAUUCGGCAUCAUUCAACUCUGUGAUGAAUAAAAAGAAAGGAAAUGCAAGAACAAAGCCACUCCCUCCUUCUAAAAGACUUCGCCUAGAAGCACAGAGGGUCCUGAAGGAGCGUGUUCAGGACAUUGCAGAUAAGAAAGGCAUCAAGCUGAGAUUUUGCAAUCUCAAAGAAUGUGAAAGCCACAUCCAGUCGUUGGAUAGUCCGUGUGAGAACACUAGAACUGAAAUUGGAUGGCCACAAGGGGUUCCAUUUGUCCAUCCACAUGACCUCCCAAACAAGGCAAAGCUUGGGUUUUUGGAAGCUUAUGAACCUGGAUGGACGGCUUCCCAACAAGAAAUGGAGUUAAGUUUUACUGAACCAUGA